AUGUUCUGCAGAUUUCCGCCUUUCGGCAAAGGCAAGUCCGGGUCUAGCUCUACAACGGCCGCUCCAUCCAGCAGAAGCGAGCAGAUUGCAGAUGCUGUGGUGCCCUCCUCCAGAAAAGACAAAGGAAAGUUGAUACCGCCAGCAUUUGGGCUUUUCAAUGACGAUAGGAGGACAUCCAGGACAUCCAGGACAUCAACAUCACAAGACAUGAUCCAGCUGGCACACAGACCGGUCAUACAGCCUCGCCGAAACACAUCUCUUGCCCCAUCGACAGAGAUGGGGAUCGAUUCUGACAUUGACCCUAACAAGUCAAAUGCGAGGGGGCAAGACUGGCGUGUCGAGCAAGCAAGAGAAAUCCAAAACCUAGCCGAACAUAUGAGAGAAGCCACUAGAUUUGUAAAAGCGCUUGUCAGAAUGCUGGACGCCGUGGAGGCUAUCCGAAAAGGCCACAAGAAACAGUUUGAGCUUCCAGAAGACCUAGCCACGCUCUACAAGACACAUCCACCAAUUCAAGAAGCGUUGGAUCACACGCGAUUGUCUGUGACAGUCAUUGCCGACAAGGUAUCAGAGUAUGCUGAUGGCGUGUCCGAAGCAUCGACGAGAGUGCAGAAAUUGGCUCGCAGCGGUAAAACAGGGCCCGUCAAGAAACGUCAUGGCAAGAAUGCCGAAGUGUGUCUGGUGUCUCAGAUUCCAGCUCUGCUGAAAGCGGCUAAUGUCUUUUAUGGUUUACGAGAAGUCAUUGACGACUGCAAAUUUGAGGGCGACGGUUCAAGUCCUCGUUUCGGGUCCAGAGACGACGUGGCUAGGCUUAGGAUGCGCGAGAAGGAAUUGUCGUGGCUGAUGCAAAGCCAUUCGGGUUGGAUCAGAGAGUUGCAGCAUCUGGACGUUGAUAGUUGA